UUCAAGAUCACAAAAGUUCCGCCACGAGGAUAAUGCAAUCCGUAUUAUCUCCUCACAAGCCCGACGUUCCGCCUUAAUAAGGGCAGACCCCAUGUCGUGGUACCGCAACCUGGUCGUUGUGGUCGGACUGCUUGGCCAGUUCACUUGGCCUAGAUUCACGACAGAUGAGGCGAGGACUCGUUGGCGAGGAGGUUAAAGCAAGACGUCAUUACCGACUUUUGUUUGCUGUGGAUAUUGCUAUGGGCAGUAUGUGCGCAAGCAUCUUCUGCAUCAUUGCCGCGUUUCUAUUUCAAAGGGAGUUGGGACGAUAUCUGGGCCACCGAGGCCGGCCUGGGCGCUGUCCACGUGUUUCAUAUUGGUACGCCACCAUUCACUUGGCCAAAUCCGGAAUCUCACCGAGUUUCAAACGCAGGCCACCACUAGUGUUCGUCAAGCCGACCUCCCCUCGUAUGUUUCGCUCAUUACAAGGUUGUCCAAAUUGGCUUGGUCCUGACGGAUAGAUGAUGUUAGGUGAAUUCUCCGGUUUAGCGUUCACCUAAGGACACCAAACGAGUCGUUUCCACCAUUCAGACUCAAGAAUGGAGCGGGGAUGCCAAUCUCAUUUCUCCAUCAGUGCAAGAUCUCGGGAGAAACUG